AAGAAGGUUAUUAAUAUCAUUGAGAAGAAAAUGGCUUCCUUUCUUUGGGGUUCUUCUCAUUCAAAAAGAAAAUAUCAUUGGGUGAAAUGGUCUCAUCUAUGCUAUCCAACUGAGGAGGGGGGACUUGGUAUUAGAAGCCUUUCAGAUAUUGAAAAAGCAUUUUCUAUUAAACUAUGGUGGAAAUGGAAGACUGGGGACUCUCUUUGGGCUAAUUUUUUCAGAUCUAGAUAUCCUAGAGGCCUAAAUAUGGUCCCUAAAGUCUAUGAUUCUCCAAUUUGGAGAAGAAUUUGUUCUAUUAAUGAGUUUGCUUCAACACUGUGUGGUGUGAACUCUGAUGGGAGUAUUUUUUGGGAACCUACAGCCUCAGGUGUUUUUUCUCUUAAAUCUGCUUAUGAGGAAGUUAGAGAUGAGAGAUCUUCUACCUUCUCUGCAAAGCUCAGUUGGCACCCUAAGCUUCCUCUAAAGAUCAGAUUGUUUCUCUGGAGGUUGCUUAAUGGUUCUCUGCCUAUCUCAGAUAAUUUGUCUAGAUUCCAGACAGUUAUGAAUCCUUCUAUAUGUCCUCUAUGUAGAGCCCAUUCUGAUGUUGUGGAUCAUGUUUUCUUUGGCUGUACAAGGAUUAGACCUGUGUGGGAUUAUUUUAUGGGGAUUUUUGGAGUUUCUAUAUCUAAUCAAACAGAUUCUAUUAGGCAUGUCCUCAUUUCUUGGUGGAUUCAAGCAGGUUCUAAAACGCUUGAUGAUAUUUUCAAGCAUUGUUUACCGGGAAUUAUUGGUUGGCAUAUAUGGAGAAGCUAUACUUCUUUGGUGUGGGGUACUGCUGAUAGCGGACUGGCUUCAGCAUCUAUUAUACAACAAAUCAAGCAAUAUACAUGUUGUUGGGUCACAGCUAUUAAGCCGAAAAGAUUAUGGAAGGUCAGUGAUACUGUAUUUCAAGAGCAAUUGGUACCAAAAGAUUUUAGGCUGGGUAAGCCGUUGAUAAAAUCGAUUACAUGGCUGAAACCGAGGAACACUCUAAAACUAAAUAUUGAUGCGAGUUACUUAUCUUAUCACGCUGCUGGGGGUGCUAUCUUGAGAGAUUCUGACGGGAAACUGGUUGUUGCUUCCUCUUUCCCGAUCUCGGCUUCAUCUUCGUUUGAAGCUGAGCUUGUUGCUGUCCUUCAUGCUACCUCGUGGGUGAUAUCCCUAGGGUUUCGUAGCUUCCAAGUUGAGAUCGACGCCAUGGAAGUGUUGGAGUAUCUGCAGCGAAGUAGGAUUGGAAGGAGAAGAGACGAGGUUAAUCGAUUAAUGGAGCUGUCUGAAGAGAGUGAUGUUUCCUAUUCCGGUGUUUUGAGAGAGGCCAACUGGACGGCACACUAUUUAGCCUCUGCUGAUAUGGGCCGGCCCAUUAUUAUCUCUAAUGUGGCGGAUCUUCCUAAUCAGGCUCGAAAUGCUUACUACUCAGAUUUAUUUGGGCUGUCUUCCUUGCGAUUUACUUAUUAAUUCUUUCUUUGUUUGUUGAUGUAUUUUUGCGUAUGCUUGAUUUUUUAGAGAAGUUUGGUUUGGCCCCCUUCUCUGUCUGUAUGUUUCUAUCUUUUAUUAAUAAAAUUCUGGCAGAUGACCCCCGGCUUCUGCCCCAC